AUGGGUGAGGAAGUGAAACAGGAGCCACCCAAAGAAGAGUCGAAGCCAGAGGAAACUCCGGUAGAAGAGAAGAAAGAAGAGCAACCAGAGGAGGAAAAAGAGCCUAAACCACCAUCUCCAUGUGUGUUGUUUGUAGACUUGCAUUGUAUGGGAUGUGCAAAGAAAAUUGAGAAAUAUAUUAUGAAAAUGAGAGGAGUUGAAGGAGUGAUGAUUGAUAUGACUAAAAAUGAAGUAUUGAUAAAGGGAAUAGUGGAGCCUCAAGCAAUCUGCAAUAUUAUAACAAAGAAAACAAAGAGAAUGUCCAAAGUUAUAUCUCCAUUGCCUGAAGCAGAAGGAGAACCUAUACCAGAAGUUGUUACUUCUCAGGUUAGUGAACCAGUUACUGUGGAGCUUAAUGUUAACAUGCACUGUGAGGCCUGUGCUGAGCAGCUCAAAGGGAAGAUACUCAAAAUGAGAGGAGUCCAAAGAGUAGAGACAGAUCUUAGCACAGGGAAGGUUACUGUGACAGGAACCAUGGAUGCAAACAAUUUAGUGGAAUAUGUCUAUAGACGAACCAAAAAGCAAGCCAAAAUAGUUCCACAGCCAGAACCUAAACCAGAACCAGAAAAGAAAGAAGAAGAGAAACCAGCUGAAGCAGAAGAAGCUAAACCAGAAGAAAAGAAAGAAAAGGUUGGUGAAGAAGAUAAUAAGAAUGAAAUUAAAGAAAUAGAAAAUGGAGUUGAUGAUGAAGGUGUCAUGAAGAGGAUGAUGUACUAUAACUAUUACCAACCAUACUAUGUGGUUGAACGAAUGCCACCACCACCUCAACUAUUCAGUGAUGAGAAUCCAAAUGCAUGUUGCAUUUCAUAA